AUGCAGUGCCUCGCCGCGCUCGUCUGCGCCUACGUCGGCGGCCUCCUCUACCAGAACCGGCGCCGGCUCGGCGAGCCGCCCGUCGCCUGGUCCUGGUUUCCCACGGGGCGGCGGCGCCGCCUGGGCGACGGCCCGCCCCUCGUCGCGGGCAGCGCCGAGUGGCGCUGGGCGGAGGCGGUCUGGGACUUCAUGAACGUCGGCCACGCGGUCGAACCCGCCGACGGCAUCCUCGUGCUCUGCAGCCACGACGUCCGCGUCGCCGACAAGGCCGUCGAGCUCUACGACGCGGGCAUGGGUCACUAUAUCUGCUUCUCCGGCGGCUUCGGCGCGGGCCCCCACAGCGGCGCGAAUUUGAACGGCUGGACCCGGCCCGAGGCCGACGUCUUCGCGGACCGCGCGCGCGCCGCGGGCGUGCCCGAGGACGCCGUCCUCGUGGAGAACGCGGCGACGAACACGGGCGAGAACUGCCGCUUCUCCGCGGCGCUCCUCGACCGCGCGGGCCGGGCCCGCGGCUCGCUGAUCGUCGUGCAAAAGCCGUUCAUGGAAAAAAGAAGCUACGCGACGUUGCUGAAGCAGUGGCCCGGAAAAACGCCGCGCGUCGCCGUCACCUCGCCGUCCAUCUCCUUCAUGGACUACCCGGACGCCCAUGUCUCCCGCGAGGCCGUCGUGAGCAUCAUGGUCGGCGACCUCCAGCGGCUGCGACUCUACGCGACGCCCGAGCGCGACUUCCAGGCCCCCGUGGCCAUCCCGGACGACGUCUGGGCGGCCUACGAGGGGCUCGUCGCCGCGGGCUACGACGGCAACGUCCUCAAGUAA